AGAUGUCGGCUCGGUCAUGGGACAUGUACACUGAUCAUCAGGGCAUUGAUGAUCAGUGUGCCCUGAUGAUCAGUGUAGCCCCAGCAGUGCCACCUGUCAGUGUCCAUCAGUGCCUUGUGUCAGUGCUCAUCAGUGCCUCGUGCCAGUGCCCAUCAGUGCCACAUCAAUGCCACAUAUCAGUGCCUACCAGUGCACAUCAAUGCCACAUAUCAGUGCCCAUCUGAGCUGCCUUUCAGUGUCACCCAUUAGUAACAAUCAGUGCCACCCUAUCAGUGCUGCCAAUCAGUGCCACCUAUCAGUGCCAGUCAGUGCCACCUAUCAGUGCACAUCAGUGCUGCCUAUCAGUACGCAUUAGUGCCACCUAUCAGUGCCUGUCAGUGCCAACCUAUCAGUGCCAGCCAGUGCCGCCUAUCAGUGCUGCCUAUCAGUGCUGUCUAUCAGUG